CCCUGACACACGCUCACUCACUCACUCAGCCACCCACCCAGUCUCCCUUCCCUCACUACCUGCUCCAGGGACCUGCCGUGUGCGGAGCAGCAGCAGCUCCUCCAGAAACAGCAACAAUAACAGAAUCACCAGCAGGAACCAGCCAUUACUGUCAGCAGAACUACUUCAAGAAUAGCAUCAACAGCAGCGCCUGCCGUCCCCUGGAGUCAAUGUGCAGCCUUGUCUCUCCGUAAAGGCAAAGAAAAGCGUCCACACUGCCAGUCCCCAGCCAACUGCCACUCCUGCUCCUGCUCCCUAUAUAUACCCGGGCUAAAUAUAGGGCCAGCCGGUUCCAGGAGUAACACACAUCGCACUUCAUGCUCCGGCCGUUCCCAGUGCAGGUGCUUCCUGUACGCAGAUUUCCUAAUUGGUCGACUCAUUCUUAAUGAGGCGGCCGCAGAGUGAUUUUGACAUGGCUCUGACCGGGACCGUCCUCCCCCCCAUAAACACAUUUGCCACCGGUUCCAAUGAGAAGAACGUGGACAGAUCCGCAGGGCAACACACCGCGUGCAAUAGGUGGAGGGAAGAAAUGACAAAUUUUCGGAGAAGCGCCGAACACGAGGGUCAGAAUGUGGGAUUUAGGAGGGAGGAUGAGGAAUUGAGCGAACUCUUAGAUUUAGAUUUUAUCUUAUCCAACACGAUGAACUCGGAGUCGAUGGCCAGCACUGCCAAUAACUUUAACUGUCCCUUGCCCAACACUCCGGACAGUGGCGGGGAUAUGUAUCAGAGAGAACCGCCGACAAGCUACAGUAUCACGGAUAUCAGCCAGGGAUCGCCCACCGGCGGGAGUUUUGUUGCUGAGCUCCUAAGACCGGAUUUGGAUCCCAGUUACUGUCAUCUCAGCAGUUUACACGGCCGGUUUGUGCUCAGGACAGCAGCAGACGCGGGAGAUUAUAGCCAGCCCGCCAGCGUUACGAAGCACCCCCCGGGCAUGGAUGCGCCUUUGACCCAUCACCAAAGCCACAUUCAGCAGAGCUGUCGAAAGAUCAAGCAGGAGCCGCUCAGUGUCGGCGCCUCGUCCUCCGCCGCAAGGACACUGGACGGACGUGCAAGCGGCGUUCAGGUGCUGGGGAGCAGCCAGAGGGCAGCCUGCAGAGGCAGGGCAGGCCAGCACACCUUCUCCGGCAGGGUUAGCUCGCCCCUUGCCUCAGAGGACAUGCUCAGCCGGCAGUGCCGCUCCUCCUCUCAGAUCCUGACUCCCCAAACAGCGCCAGGCGUGCCAAUCCAGCAAAGCUUCCCGCCUCCAGCUAACUUCCCCCACUUCCAGGAGCAGCCACCCAUCCAGUACCAAGAGCUCAUCCCCUCGGCAUUCACACAAGAGGAGAAGCCAAGGAGAGGUCGCAGAUCGUGGCCCAGGAAGCGGGUAGCGACUCACACGUGUGACUAUGCGGGUUGUGGGAAGACGUACACCAAGAGCUCUCACCUCAAGGCACAUCUUCGGACACACACAGGUGAGAAGCCUUAUCACUGCGACUGGGAAGGCUGCGGUUGGAAAUUUGCUCGCUCUGAUGAGUUGACUCGACACUACAGAAAACACACGGGACAUCGUCCCUUCCAGUGUCACAAAUGUGACCGAGCCUUUUCCAGAUCGGAUCACUUGGCCCUGCACAUGAAAAGGCACCUGUAACUUGGCAGCGAGAACCUGCUCUAAUUCUCCAGCCUGUAAAUAGAAAGAUUUACUGCCUUGUAUACUGUAUCCUGGGGUCACGUGGAGGACUCUGACUUACUCCAGUAUGUCUAUAAGUGAGUAAUACGUCUGAAAGUGGAAUCUCUUCGUUGGAGCCGUGGAUUGAAAGUUUCGCCCCACUAAACCUUGCGUGGUCUGUGCCCACAGAAAAGACUGGAACUUGGAAAGGAGACUGGAAACGGGCAGUUGUAGGUGACUUGCAGCCGUCACAAACUUGCGGGAGGAUCUCACUUUCAAUGCAGACAACUUAAUUUUUCCUUUUUAAACGGGGAGUUCAGGUACAUAAGUGUUUUUUUUAAGAAAAGAAGCCAUGAUGUGAUGGUGCUCGGUGACUUUCUAUCAGAGGUACAAAAACUGAAAGGAAAACUAUGCAACAGAACCCUGCCACUGGAUAAGGAAAUUUACAAAUAACGUCAGGUUCAUGGUAUUACCAAAGGUCAGGUAAAGGUUUCUCGUUUAUGUCGCUAAAUAUCAUUCUGUGGUCUCUGUGCAAUAACUGUUAGUCAUUGUAUUCUAUUCUAUACUUCAAAACAGAACAAAUUACAUUUCUAUAUUAUACUCUACAUAAUAUUUUUAUCUAAUUUACAUUUUAUGUGACAAUUUUGUACAUUUGUAAAUAAGGAGUAACAUUUUUUCUGCCGUUUGAAUUUUGCAUAUAGAGUUUUUGGAAAAAUUAAAAAGUAAUAAAACUUAAAAUUUCUAUAUCUUGA